UAAUAAAAUAAAUGAAAAUAUCCAGUUUGAGAUAGCUGUUUCCUCGGGAAGAGAACCCUGCUGCAUUUUUAAAGGUGAAAGAAAAUAAAGAAAUGAAAGCUGAAGGGUCAAAAAGGACGGAAGUAGACGAAAAACGGAAGCGGAAGAGAUCCCCUCCCUUAUCAACGCUAUUAAGUAAAAAAAUCUGGUCGACCCACCAUAUAAUAUUUACGUGUACUUUUUGUCAGUGUCUAUCUCCGAUCCAAUCUUUUUUUGUUGUUCCCUCGGGAAGAGUUAAGCCUCUUUACUCAACUAAUUUUUUUUAAUCCAAAAAUUAAUUUUUUUAACAGUCAAGCAGUCAUUUUGGAGCUGAUUCACCUAUGGAUAUUGAAGAUGAUACAUUAAAUGAGAGACAAUCAACUUCUGGCGGAGGCCAUUUAAAUAAUAUUUCACCAGAAAAGAAGAAAAACAACAACACUUUAACAACACCAACAAAAAAGCGUAGCAAAAGUGUCCAGGCUGCGGAUGCUUUAAUGAAGCAAUCCUUGAAGCCUUAUUUCGCGUUAGUCUUUAAGAGAUUAAAAAAAAUUUUUUUUUGAAAGAUGGUCGGAGUUGAGAGCACCUCAUAUUUAGUACGUAGUACCGCAAGCAAAAAUUUUGAGCAUUUUGGAGUCCAAGUAGCCAUAUUUCCUCCAAAGAUGGGGUUUCAAUCCGAGCCCCGACUUGUGAAAUUCUCCAACAUAAAGGGAUACUCUGCCUAAAAAUAUUAACUGAAAAAAAUUUUUUAAGCAUAUUUUUUAAGUAAAAGAAAAAUCACCAAAGACGAAUAUAAAGAAAUUAUGAAAAGAGGUGUUGCUAAACUAAGCAAACGUGAAUCUUUGAAACCUGAAAAAGUGGAAAAGUUUGUACAAAAAUUUGUUCAUUCGAUGAGAAAGCAGAGAAAGAAUAACAACAUUUUUGCUU